UAACUCACUCACACAAAGACAUUACUAUCCAAGCACACUCGUAUCUAUCCACAUCCACACACCGCAGCCAAACGCAUUGUCUACGACAGCCGCUGCCACACGCCACCGAAUGCCCAACCCGCGCACCGGCCUGCGGGUGUCCGCGCUGACCACGGUUGAUUUCUAUUUGAAUUCUGCGAAGUUUUCAUUAUGA